GGGCAGUGCCCCCUUCCUCUUCCCCCGCUCACUGUUCGGCUGGGAAGGGUGGAGGUGGGCUUAGGAGGAAACAAGCUUAGAGACCAUGGGAAAGCAAGAAGGUCUACAAUGUAUUGAAGCCUUAUUUAUCCCACAAUCAAGCUUGCCCGUUACAUUGUUAAAGGAACUUGUUUACGGCUCAGUGGUCUCUGACCCUCCCAGACCAGAACCUGGUGGCUGCCAGACUUCCCAGGGGGGUUAGAAAUGUCCCUCCUCUGUGCUCUUUUGGCCUCAGUUUCCCCAACUAACUACUGGGGGGGGGGGAUCUGCACCUCAGGCCCGCUUUGGUAGAUUUUAUUUUUUAUCUCACUACUUAGCCCUCACCAGGAACAAUUUAGCCUGGGAUGUCAUGUCCACUACUGGCAUCCCUUGAAGAAAGUACAUGAAUUCAGACAGGCACCUUGUUGCCUCUGUGGCAGGGCCACGUUUUUUACAUUAUGAUUUGUAUUUGUUCUGCUUCUCCUGGGUCUCCAAAAGGACAGUUGAUGCCGAAUAACAAUGGCUGGUUUCAUGAGAGUCAGAGGGAUCCUGGCUUCUCAUCACCCUCCAUGAUUCCUACUUCGUAUCCGGGCCACUCCCCACUCCAGUUCUCCAAGAAACUUGCCAAGGGUUUGGGGGAACAUUCAACCUGUCGGUGAGUUUGGGCAGCUCAGACAAACCAUCGACCGUUGAGUGGACCCCGAGGCCUGGAACUGCCGUCUACCCCAUCACCAUCCCCACCUUCUAGAUCUGGGAGAUCCCCCCAGGCAGCCUGGCAUCCCCUCCCCCAGGCCACAGCAAAGGUCACAAUCAACAUUCAUUGUUGUCGGUGGGUUGUGAGGAGGAGGUCAGACCCACCGGGGGGAUGAAUGUCACUGUGGCUGGCCCACACAACAGUCCCAGGGAUAAGGACAGGACCCCUUAGAAACCCCAAAUUCUUGCUCCCCUUGCGGAGAUGGAUUGGUGUCUGGGAUCCUGAUGGGCAGAUUGGAAUUAGAAAAUAAACCCUGGAGGAUUAGAUGUUGGGGGGGGAUCAUAAAGUGGGGCCUCCGCGGGCAGAACCCAUUCCUGAAAGGAUGGAUGUUUCUCAGUGAGGUUUCUGGAAUGGGUGAAUUGGUAGAUGGGCUUGUGACAGACAGAUGGGUAGGCUGGUGGACUAGUGGGGUGGAAGUGUGCCCUACCCAGUGGUGACCCCCAACCAAGCACCUUUCGGAGCUCAGGCUGAGGCCUCCUCUGACAGGUAGUGUUGGGAAUCAGAGAGCUGGCAUAUGCUGGGAUGCAGCCUGCCUGCCUGUGCUUGGGGGCUCUUUCCCGUCCUUUGGGGCUCCCAGACCCCAACCUUGAGGCUGCUGAGCUAACUGUAGGAGGGAGAGUUGGGAACUCCACUCUGUAGCCCAGGACAAACAGCUGAGGUGUCUAUUAGCAUAUCAAAGCUGACACUGGCUGCUGAGUACUCCCAGCAUCCCUCAGUCCCUGCCUGUUACAGGGUCCUUCUGGCUGGCAUACUCAGGCUGGGCUUGCCCUUUCCCCAGCUUUUCUGGUUCCUUCAUAACCCCGCCGCCGCUUUGGUUAUAUGGUCUUUUCACCUUUUUUUUUUUUUUUGGCCUCUUGGCCGCCCAUUCCAGGUUCCCUUCUGUCCCUCUCCCCACAUGACCUGGCUCAGUCUACUGGUCAUAUCCACUCUAGACUCUGCUGAAUGUUGCCUAUAUUGUCCCUUUUAUCUACAGUAAACCUCCUCAGCCCCUUAGGAGCAGUCCUGCCCUUUCUUUUUGUCUCCACGCUUCAUGACUAAGUUCUCAGCCACUGGAGUGGGCAUGAAAGGCCCUCAGUGAAGACAGAGCCUUGGGACCCAGCCCUUGUCUCCCAUGCACAGGCCCCCUUCCGAAGUACUGGGAUUUUGCAUUAUUUGCCGUAACAAGGACUCAAGGCCACCAGGACCCUUCCCCAGCCCUGAGGAAGGAAGAUAAAACAAAUUAGUAAAUCAAUAUAAGUGUUUGGCCCUGGGGCGGUGUUCUUAGCCAUCCCCCUGCCUCUCACCUAGCUGGCCUGCAAGGGUUGACCUCCCACAUGGAGGGGGAGGAGACCCUGGGAAGCCUGGGGGUUCAGUGGCUCCUAGUCUACCUCCAGCCCACACAAACACCAUAUACCCCCUGGGCAGGUAUGUAAGAAGCCCCCAGUGAUAAUGAGGGACCCCCCAGAGUCUGCCUGCUCCACCCUCUCACAUCCCCUCAAGAUAGAAAAGCAGCAGGAGAAGCUUUAGUGUCAGGGUCGGAGGGAAGCAGGAGCCAGGCAGUGUUUUCCUUCAGCCGCUCCUCCGCCCAGUCAUGGGGACUUUCAAUCUGUGGACAGAUUACCUGGGUCUGGCAAGCCUGGUGGGGGCUCUGCAUGAGGAAGAGGUGCCUGAUGUCAGGCUGGACCCCAAGCCAGAGCCCAAGCCCAUUCCAGAAAGCCGGAAAGCCAGCAAGGAAUCCUCAACAGCUCCUGAACGCUUGUGCUCGUUCUGCAAGCACAAUGGCGAGUCCCGGGCCAUCUAUCAGUCCCACGUCCUGAAAGAUGAGGCGGGCCGGGUGCUGUGUCCCAUCUUGAGGGAUUAUGUGUGUCCCCAAUGUGGGGCCACUCAGGAGCACGCCCACACUCGACGCUUCUGCCCACUCACCGGCCAGGGCUACACUUCUGUCUACUGCUACACCACCCGGAACUCUGCAGGCAAAAAGCUGACCCGGCCUGACAAGGCAAAGACCCAGGAUGCUGGCCACCGCCCAGGAGGAGAAACAGCAACAGGUUCCAAAAGUGGCAGGAAGCCCUCUGGACCUUCACCUUCGGCCUGCAGUCCCUCCACUACGGCCUAGGAGCUCGGAGUGGGGAGGUCCAUGGGGUACCCUUGCCAAGGGUCUGGACACAGGCAUGCUGGAGACUGGACUUGCUUAGGACUCUGAGGCUGGCCACAGGCUUGUUAGAAAUCGCUUGCCCUUCCCCUACCCCAGUCUUGUGUUGUUGGAUCAGUACCCAAUAAAUGGAGAGGAGUGGA